AUGGGUCAAGCGCAUAGCAAAUGGAAUGAACCAACGGUUAAGAUAUUAUGGUUCAUGGUUAAAAGUAGUGGACAGCGCAUCUCAGAUCCUACCAUCAAGCGGAUCUGGGAGAAGCUGACCCAGGCCAUCCCAUGGUUGGUUAAGGCCAAUCCGCUUUCCUGGGAAACCUGGGACCAGCUGGGGAGGGAGCUGGACGGCAAGGAAGAGGAGAUAGGAGAGGAUCUCCCUCUUGUGAUUUUUCCAAUUAUUACCUCUCUCAAAGAUUGGCUUUCUACAGGAGAGAUUCCAUUAGGGCAGGCGGGAGCCACGGAGGAGAACCCUGGGGAAGAAGGAGGAGAUCCCCUGGCGGACCUGCAGGAGGAGGGCCUGAUGCCCCUUCCUGACGGGCCCGCGGAGGAGCUACAAGCCGAUCUCGAUCGUGGGCUUAGUCUCCGGGACCCCGGACCAGAUGCCGCACUCCCGAGACACGCGGCCAGGGAGGGGGGCAGCCGGCAGCCUCUGCCGUCGCCCCCUCCCACCCCCUCCAAACAGGUUGCCCUGAGCACGCGAUGGCCUGCCACGCUUUCAUCGCGAUCGCCACCAGCGUUGCCGUAUCCGCAACUGGAGCAGCCACUGCCGGACUUUGCACCAGGUAUAGAGAUGGUAGACUUUGAUGUAGCAAGCAUCACGGCUGGGUGGGAACCUGAGGAAGUCAAGGAGUUCCGAGAUCUUAGAAAAACGGUCACUGAGAAGGGACCGAACUCUCCUUGGGCUCACGCCCUACUCCGGGGCCUGAGCAACCGGUUUUCCAAUGCACAAACGUGGAGACGCGUAGGUCAGAAUGUGCUAGACAGGAAAGAUUAUAAGAGGUGGUGCGCAGCUUUUAGGAAUGCAUGCUCUGAUCAGGCUGAGAAAUUUCUCGCAAACAUUCCUCCAAUCCCCGUCACCUUCGAGAUGAUGUAUGGGCCCCCCAAUCCACAUGUUACUGACUUUCCCCAGGUCUCUCUUCCCGCAGCCUACCGGAGGCGAGUGUGGGCCUUGGGGAUGUGGGCAUGGACAUCCUUAGGGAAAGGGCCCUCAAAGAUCGCGACAUUAGAAGUUAUUCAAGGGGCAACAGAGGACCUCGUCUCAUUUAUUGAGAGGGUGGAGGAAAGCAUUCAGUUAAAGGCUCCUUGGUCUCAGAUAGAUGAACUUGUCAGAUCUUUGGUGUGGGACGGAAUGGCCCCAGACCAUAAGAUAGCUUGUGCAGGUAUGAAGGACAAACCUGUAGAAAGCUGGAUAUAUGCCUGUCGGAGUCUCGAUACCCAGACCCGCCAGACACAGGUGCUGACUGCCUCACUUAAUGAGGAGCACGCUUCUGCAACGGCCAAUGGGGCAGGCAAGGGGCGAUGUUAUGGGUGUGGCGGCCGUGGCCAUCUCAAGAGAGAAUGUCCGUCAGGCUCGGUAAAACCUAGUGCCUCGUCGGGACGAAACUCUGGCCAAACCAAAUUGCCGCCUAAGACACCUUGCCCCCGAUGCAAGAAAGGUUAUCAUUGGCAGAGCGAGUGCAAGUCCAAGUUCGAGGCUGGGGGGAAGCCUUUAAACUAG